GUGCAGCAGUGGGACCGGAACAGGAAGUAGGCGAGUGACGUAGACUGUUUUGGAACUGCUCGCUGUCAGCUAUCCGUGGCUCGCCUGCUGUAAAAAAACAAAAAACAAAACGAACUUGUUUCUGUAUAAACUCGAGCCAAAGUCGUGGUUUAUAAGCUGUUUCGUUCCUAUGUGCCCUAUUUUUCCCCGAAUCACCGUAUUGUUUUUGCUUGCUUUUAGACUACGGUGUUAGCGACGCUAGUAGGUUUGCUAACUGCUAACUUUAACAAACCCCCACGUUUUGUCCACCGUAAGGCGUAACAUCCUAAAUUGUUCAAACCUUAGACACAAUAACUUGUUAUGAGUAACUUCUUAUGACUACAAUAAUUAUUUAAUGUAAUUGAUGCAGACGUGCAGUUGACAUGUGGAGCGUUCCUAAAGUACUAUUUUUCACUGUGGUGGCAGCAACAAACAUGACCAUAGUCCACAUGCUAGACUUUUGCCAAAAAGCUGAUUCUGAGUGUCAAAGUCAGGACAUCUCUCCGUCAGCCCUGCAGCCCCGUGCACAAAUCCUCAAUUCUAGGUGGAAUGCAAGUGUUUUGAGCCUCAUACAGAACCUGAACCACUUCAGAGUCUCUAGUGAGAAACUCAGGGGGGCUUUUCCAAUUGAUGAAGUCCAGGGGAAUGCAGUCCGCACUGUAAAGAACUGCAUCUUCUCCGAGUCCAGUCCGACACCCCUGAAAGGCCGAUUAAGAUUGGCUGCCGUUUCAAAGGAUGUUCUAGAAGGGCUGUUGGAUUUGGACAUGUCCGUGACCCAGUCAGAGGAGUUCUUACUGUAUACCAGUGGAGGAAGAUGUCUACCAGGCUCUCAGCCUCUGGCACACAGAUAUGGAGGCCAUCAGUUUGGCUACUGGGCAGGUCAGCUGGGCGAUGGCCGAGCACAUCUCCUUGGCCAGUACACCAACAGGAAAGGGGACACGUGGGAACUGCAGCUGAAAGGUUCCGGAAAGACGCCCUAUUCAAGGUCAGGAGACGGCCGGGCUGUGGUUCGCUCUUCGCUCAGAGAGUUCCUUGGCAGCGAGGCCAUGCAUUUCCUCGGUGUGCCCACCAGCAGAGCCGCCAGUUUAGUCGUCAGUGACGAGCCAGUGUUGAGGGAUCAGUUCUACGACGGCAACGUGAAAACAGAAAGAGGAGCUGUCGUGCUCCGCAUAGCCAAAUCCUGGUUCCGGAUUGGCUCGUUGGAGAUUUUGUCUCGUAGCGGAGAGCUGGAUCUUCUCAGAAAGCUGCUCAACUUUGUCAUCGAAGAGCAUUUCCCUUCCAUCCAGUCAAAGGACUCUGAUAAAUAUUUGGUGUUUUAUUCCCGCGUGGUGAACGACACGGCACAUCUGAUGGCUCAGUGGGCCUCCGUAGGCUUUGCGCACGGCGUGUGCAACACAGACAACUUCAGCCUUCUGUCCAUCACCAUCGACUACGGCCCCUUCGGCUUCAUGGAGUCAUACAACCCCGGUUUUGUCCCCAACACGUCCGACGACGAGGGCCGGUACAGUGUGGGGGCGCAGGCCAGCGUGGGCCUCUUCAACCUAGACAAGCUGCUGGACGCCCUCAGGCCGCUUCUCACUGCAGGACAACAGCUAGCGGCGGAAACGGUUUUAAAGGGAUAUGUGGACAUCUACAAGACAAGGAUUCAUCAUCUAUUCAAAGCCAAACUGGGACUUCUUGGUGACGACGUGGAAGAUGAUUACAUCAUCGCUCUCCUGCUUCAGGUGAUGGAAGACACGCAGGCUGACUUUACGAUGACCUUCAGACAACUGAGUGAGGCUUCAGCACAGCAGCUCCACAAGCACAACUUCACACAGGCAUGGGCUCUGGAGGACUUGUCUUCGCAUGGACACUUUGCAGACUGGCUGAGCACGUACCUGCAGCGCCUCAGCAGGCAGUCACAUGACAAAGAUGUGGAGCGUCGAGGGAGGAUGAAAGGUGUGAAUCCACGAUACGUGCUGAGGAACUGGAUGGCGGAGUCGGCCAUCAGGGAAGCAGAGAUGAAUAAUUUCUCCGAGGUGGUGCUGCUGCACCGUAUCCUCUCGUCUCCUUUCAUCACUCAAACCUCAGCAGAGGAGGCGGGCUAUGCAGCAAGGCCUCCAAGGUGGGCCCAGGGGUUAAAGGUCAGCUGCUCUUCUUGAGAGAUCAAGAAGAGCCUUCUUCACUGACCCAGAAGGUUCGGAACUUCGGAAUCACCUGGACCAAGAUCGCCUUGUCUUUGUCUUUCACCGUCCUUUUGUCCUUCUUCCACAAGUAGAACGUCUGCAGCAGUAAAACAAAAGUUUUGGCUUUCUAUGUUAAGGUUCAGGUUGGACAGGUUGUACGAAAUUAAUCUUAAAUUGUUAUUGAAUUAAAAAUAAAUCCACAGAAUCACCUAAAA